AUGGCUGAGGAGGCGCCUAAGAAGUCCCGAGCCGCCGGGGGAGGCGGCGGCGGCGGCGGCGCGAGCUGGGAACUUUGUGCCGGGGCGCUCCGCACUGUACCGGCGGCGGAGGGGAGCGGGGACGCGGGCAGCCGCCGCCGCAGCCCGGCUGACUCCCGGCGCUUGGCACGCCGGCUACUACUACUGCUUUGGCUGCUGGAGGCUCCGCUGCUGCUGGGGGUCCGGGCGCAGGCGGCCGGCCAGGGGCCCGGGCCGGGGCAGCAGCCCCCGCCGCCUCAGCAGCAGCAGAGCGGGCAGCAGUACAACGGCGAGCGGGGCAUCUCUAUACCCGACCACGGUUACUGCCAGCCCAUUUCCAUCCCGCUGUGCACCGACAUCGCGUACAAUCAGACCAUCAUGCCCAACCUGCUGGGCCACACGAACCAGGAGGAUGCGGGCCUCGAGGUGCACCAGUUCUACCCGCUGGUGAAGGUGCAGUGCUCCGCCGAGCUCAAGUUCUUCCUGUGCUCCAUGUACGCGCCCGUGUGCACCGUGCUGGAGCAGGCUCUGCCGCCCUGCCGCUCGCUGUGCGAGCGCGCGCGCCAGGGCUGCGAGGCGCUCAUGAACAAGUUCGGCUUCCAGUGGCCCGACACGCUCAAGUGUGAGAAGUUCCCGGUGCACGGCGCCGGCGAGCUGUGCGUGGGCCAGAACACGUCGGACAAGGGCACCCCGACGCCCUCGCUGCUGCCCGAGUUCUGGACUAGCAACCCGCAGCACGGCGGCGGAGGGCACCGGGGCGGCGGCUUCGCGGGGGGCGCCGGCGCUUCGGAGCGAGGCAAGUUCUCGUGCCCGCGCGCCCUCAAGGUGCCCUCCUACCUCAACUACCACUUCCUGGGGGAGAAGGACUGCGGCGCCCCCUGCGAGCCGACCAAGGUGUACGGGCUCAUGUACUUCGGGCCAGAGGAGCUGCGCUUCUCACGCACCUGGAUCGGCAUCUGGUCUGUGCUGUGCUGCGCCUCCACGCUCUUCACCGUGCUCACCUACCUGGUGGACAUGCGGCGCUUCAGCUACCCUGAGCGGCCCAUCAUCUUCCUGUCGGGCUGCUACACGGCGGUGGCCGUGGCCUACAUCGCCGGCUUCCUGCUGGAGGACCGGGUGGUGUGUAACGACAAGUUCGCGGAGGACGGGGCGCGCACCGUGGCGCAGGGCACCAAGAAGGAGGGCUGCACUAUUCUCUUCAUGAUGCUCUACUUCUUCAGCAUGGCCAGCUCCAUCUGGUGGGUGAUCCUGUCGCUCACCUGGUUCCUGGCAGCCGGCAUGAAGUGGGGCCACGAAGCUAUCGAGGCGAACUCGCAGUAUUUUCACCUGGCCGCCUGGGCCGUGCCGGCCAUCAAGACCAUCACCAUUCUGGCGCUGGGCCAGGUGGACGGCGAUGUGCUAAGCGGGGUGUGCUUCGUGGGGCUCAACAACGUGGACGCUCUGCGCGGCUUCGUGCUGGCGCCCCUCUUCGUGUACCUGUUCAUCGGCACGUCGUUCCUCCUGGCCGGCUUCGUGUCCCUCUUCCGCAUUCGCACCAUCAUGAAGCACGACGGCACCAAGACCGAGAAGCUGGAGAAACUCAUGGUGCGCAUCGGCGUCUUCAGCGUUCUCUACACCGUGCCGGCCACCAUCGUCAUCGCCUGCUACUUCUACGAGCAGGCCUUCCGGGACCAGUGGGAGCGCAGCUGGGUGGCCCAGAGCUGCAAGAGCUAUGCCAUCCCCUGCCCCCACCUCCAGGCGGGCGGCGCCCCGCCGCACCCGCCCAUGAGCCCCGACUUCACAGUCUUCAUGAUCAAGUACCUUAUGACCCUCAUCGUGGGCAUCACGUCAGGCUUCUGGAUCUGGUCCGGCAAGACCCUCAACUCCUGGAGGAAGUUCUACACUCGGCUUACCAACAGCAAACAGGGGGAGACCACCGUCUGAGACUCGGGACUCAGCCGGUCGCCAGCCCUCGGCCUGGUCCCAGCCUCCCUGGCCCUAUGGAAUCCUGGCCAAGUCUGGCUACUCUCCCUAGCCAUUCACUGCUUUUAACAAGGCUCCUGCAAAAGCUUCUG